AUGGCGGGCACCCAGCUGCCGCCGCUUCUGCUUCUGGCUCUGGGGCUGCUAUUGAAACCUUUUGAUGCUAAUGAACAGUCUACAGCAGUUAUGACUUAUUCAUCCCCGAGCAGCAUUGUGACAGAGGACUCAACUUCCAUCCCUCCGGCCACUUCUACCUCCAUUUCAGGGGAAACCACCGACACCUCCAGCCUCCCAAGUUCGGAGGCAGACUCCACGACCCACCUCAGCUCCACAGAUCCAGGGAUGAUCUCCACCACCCCACAACUAGGGACAGUCACCUACACCAGCUCUCACUCACCCAGUUCAGAACUCACCUCCAUUUCUCAUUCCACCCACCCUGGUUCCACAUCCUUCACCCUGCACUGGAACUUCACUUCCCUCAGUCCUGGGACAGAGCCCUCGGUCCGCACUGACCAGACUUCGGGGCCCUCUGGCCAGGGUUACAUUGGGGCCCCCAAGUCACACAGGAACCCAGGCGUGGUGGUGGCUGUGUGUUUGUUGGUGUCUAUUUUGGUCAUCGGGUCUGUGGUAAUGGCUGUGAGGUGCUGCCACAAGGAUGAGUCCAAGUUCAAGAACCUGGAUAUGGUGUCCUUGGGAACUGUAAACGAAGGUCCAUCCUUUCCCCACCGCCUACUGGAGUGA